CAGAAGUCUGCAGAAAUGGCAGUGGCUACCCUGGGUUCGGGGCUAGUGGACUGUCACUGCCAUCUCUCCGCCCCGGACUUUAACAGCGAUCUGGAUGAUGUGUUGGAGAAAGCCAAGAAGGCUAAUGUUAUAGCCCUUGUGGCAGUGGCUGAACAUGCAGGAGAAUUUGAAAGAAUUAUGCAACUUUCAGAGAGAUACCCUGGAUUCAUCCUGCCAUGUCUGGGAGUUCACCCAGUUCAAGAACUUUCACCAGAAAAAUCAAGAAGUGUGGCAUUAAAGGAUUUGGAUGUAGCUUUGCCUAUUACUGAGAAAUACAAGGAUCGGUUGUUGGCAAUUGGAGAGGUGGGGCUAGACUUCACCCCCAAAUUUGCAGGCACUGAUGAAGAGAAGGAAGAACAAAGGCAGGUCCUGAUCAGACAGGUCCAGCUGGCCAGAAGACUGAAUGUGCCUUUGUAGGUGAACCGCCCUUCUGCUCAGAACUGCAGGGCAAACUCCCCAGCAGCUGGGCCUCUUAAAAUGAGUUCUGUGUCUCCUUUCAUCUGAGUUAUCUUUUAGUUUGCCUGCAUGUAUGUCUGUGGACCUGUGUGCACAGUGCCUGUGGAGGCCAGCAAAGGGCACUGGAUGCCCUGAGACUGGGGUUACAGUUAAUAACCAGCUGCUACCAUGUGGGUGCUGGGAACCAAACCUUGUCCUCUGCGAGAGUAGCUGAACCAUCUCUUCAGCCUCCUGAAUUAUUUUUAAAACAAUAAAAACAGUAUUUUCCUA